UCUAUAAUGUAAUUACAAUGUGGUUUAUUGUUAUUCGAACAGAACUUGUCAAUAGGGCAAAAUAUUUAAACCAAGAAACAGUGGAAGUAAGUUACAAAGAAUUUUGGUCUCACAACGAGUUUGAUAAGAUGGCAUUUUUUGACGAUAUCAGGAAGAUUUACAUUAAUGGAUUAAAGAGAGCAGAUCCAAGAGUGGAGAAAUGGCCCCUUAUGCAAUCACCUGUGCCAAUAAUUAUUGUAUUCUGUGUGUAUGUUUCUAUGGUGCUUUUAUGUCCAAAAUUUGUGAAGAAAUUACCUCCAAUGAAUUUAAAAUUAAUUCUUGUGCCUUAUAACUUCGUUUUGGUAGCACUGUCGGUCUAUAUGUUUGUAGAGUUUAUUACUGUAUCCCUGUUGUCCAACUAUAGUUAUCAAUGCCAACCAGUAGAUUAUUCAGAGGACUAUUUAGCAGUCAGGAUGGCGAAAGUUUUAUGGUGGUUCUUUUUUUCUAAAGUUAUAGAGCUUAUUGAUACAUUAUUUCUGAUACUGAGAAAGAACCAGGUAUCAUUUUUGCAUGCCUAUCAUCACUGUACCAUGAUCCUUACAUACUGGAUGGGAGUCAAAUAUGUGGCUGGAGGACAAGGAAACUUCGAUUCAGUAAGUUCAUUGCUAGCAGCAGAUUCCAAUCAAAGAAAUCAUUUGAGGAAUCAACACUAUGAACAGAGGGAGCAUUCUUCGUUCCAAUGUUAAACACCUUUGUGCAUAUCAUUAUGUAUACAUACUAUGGUCUUGCCGUUUUGGGGCCUCAUAUGCAAAAAUACCUCUGGUGGAAAAAAUAUUUGACUAAAUUA